AUGGUAAAGCGACGCAACGAGGACGGUCAGAUGCGGCGUGAGGAAUACGAAGCUGCAUAUGACGACGAUAAUGUGAAUGCCGAGUCUUGUGAGACUGGAUUUCAACGUGCGAGUGAAGACUCGAUCAGCAAACGCAAAAUUGUCAAGGCACGAGACCGGAACCACCCGCCUGUUGUGACCAAAGAGCCCGAGGCGGUGGAAAUUGAAGAUAACGUCAUUAAAAGCAACCCAUUUGGAGGUUUUCAGGGACUCACGACUGCGAAAUCUGCUGUGUCUAAGCCAUUGGAUGAAGUUUCAGGGCUUAGUGGGGUAGUUCAUUCUGACAAGGAGAAGACGAGCAGUGGAACAAGUGCAGCGUCUUUCAAGUCGUAUCAGGAAGCGAUGGAAACACUUAAUAAGGAGUUUCUGGCUUUUGUGACUGGUCAAUUACAGAAGAAUCCAAGUGUGAGCUGGAUGGCAGCAGUUCAGGAUUACGUGAAAUACGCGGCAGAGAUUGCCACCAAGUACGCUUCUACCAGACCUAUUCCAAUCAAUGAGACUAAACAAGUGAAAGCGGUGCCAGCACCGUUUUCGUUUGGUGCAACAUCGGCUUCCGCUCCUACCGCAAGUGUAGCCACCGCUCCAUCGAGCUCGUUUGAUGGCAGCAACGCUAAAGCCAAAAAGAAGGAUGAGACUCCAGCUAGCAGUGGAUUUUCGUUUGGUGCCGCCGUCAAGAAGAAGAAUGAUGAAUCUAUAAAACCCGCCUCGAAAGGAUUUUUGUUUGGUGGCGCUGGUAGCUCGUUGUUUUCUAGCAAACCUUCGGAUGAAGAGGAGAAGACUACUCCUGCGUUCUCGUUUGAAGCUCUGUCCAAGCCAGUGGCACCUGCAGCCUCCUCUACUCCUGCUACUGGAGGUUUUUCGUUUGGCAACGCACCUGCUACAAAGAGCAUUGCGCCAGCAUCGAGUGGUGGAUCCAGCUUUGGGGUUUCAGCUUCAGCAGAUCCAACAUCUACCUCGACGACUGCCAAGGACCAAAGUGAAGAAAACAUUGGACGCGAGGAAGCUACUGUCAUUAUCAAGGCUGAUUCUUCCGAUGACGAUUGCACUUUUGAAGCUGACAAGGCUAAGGUUUUUGAAUUCAAGAAGGACGAGAAGCGUUGGGCCGACAAAGGCGUGCACCGUCUAAAGGUGCUCGUUAGCAAGGACACAAAGAGUGGGCGAAUUCUGGUUCGCAACGAGAUUGGCAAAGUCGUGCUGAACUCAGCGCUGUACAAGGGUAUGGCUAUACGUCCACAGGAGACAAAGGGCAAGAAGACGGGCGUGACACUGGCGCUGCAGAUGGACGACGAGUUGACGCAAUUCCUGAUUAAAGUGAACGCUACGCGAGUAGACGAAUUUAUCAAGGCUCUGGAAUCUGCUGCUGGUUCGUCAUAG